GGAAGCGGGAUACUCAAGACUGAAAAACACUGAAGACCUAGAAGUGAAGACCACAGUUAGAAAGCAGCAGGAAAAUAGAGAGUCCAAACACAGAGAUUCAGUAAAACCAUGGCAAAAAUAGGUGCUGAAGAAAUGCCGCGUCAGUUCACGAAGAUCUCUCUCCACGAGGUGGAUGAGAGAGUGCGACUCUUGGCUGAGAAGGUGUACGCUUCAGCUCUGAAGGAAGAAGACACUAAAAACACCUUGUCAAUGUUCACCGUCCCUGAGGACUGUCCCAUUGGCUUGCAUCAGGCCAAGGAAUGGGAGCUACGCAAAGAGAUAGAGGAGCAGAAGUCAGAGGAAUCAGUCAAGAGGAAACAGAGUUUCAAGCUAAUGCGAUCCCAGACACACACACACACACACGCACA